CACAUCGAUGCGUAUAUCGCCAACGCCUCCCACUCAGCUUGAAGACGGCCUGCGACGAACGCAUUGUACCAGAAAAAAAAUGACGUCGACAAACGAACCUUUUUAUUUACGAUAUUAUUCUGGCCAUAUGGGCCGUUUCGGUCAUGAAUUUCUAGAAUUUGACUUCCGCUCUGUUGGUGAUGGGCGAAGUGCUGUAGCCAGAUAUGCCAACAACUCGAACUACCGAAAUGACAGCUUAAUUCGAAAAGAGAUGUGCGUUAGCUCUGUCUUGGUUGAAGAAAUCAAACGAAUCAUCAAAUCGAGUGAAAUCAUAAAGUACACACCAGUCUUCUGAGAGUUUUGAUAAAAUGCUAACAUUAAACAGAGAGGACGAUGCAAAAUGGCCACAGAAGAAUAAAGAUGGACGUCAGCAAUUGGAGAUUCGUUUAGGAAAUGAUCAUAUUUCUUUUGAGACAGCAAAGAUUGGCUCCCUUGUCGACGUUACCGAGUCGGAUGAUCCUGAAGGGUUACGUGUAUUUUACUACUUGGUCCAAGACCUAAAGGCCCUUGUAUUUAGCUUGAUUGCACUGCACUUCAAAAUCAAGCCUAUUUGAGCUGUUGACCAAACGGCGGUCAACUCCAAACAACAGCGCAACUUCUGGUGAGGCAUCCCGAAUGCUCACUUCGAACAAAAAUGCUACCAACCAGACGGUCAUGAUAGCCAAUACCAAUUUUAACUGCAUGCUUCAUGACAACGCGUGCUAGUUAUCCGCGUAUGUUCAUGUCGCAGCAUUCAACGGAGAUCUGAGAAGUUCAAGCGGCACAAGCCUGGGCCGGAUGUAAUCAACACAAGGGCAACAGAGUCACCGUUAGAAUAUACUUCCCCUAUUUCUAUAAAUAUAUUUUUCC